ACCAGACCCGAGCCGAGCCGCCGGAGCCAGGGGGUAGGUAGGUGGCGCCUCUCCGUCGCGUAUUUAGAGUCCACCCCCUCUCCUUCCUCCUCCGUUCCGCCUCACCAACCGUAACCAGACCAACCAAUCUACCACCCCCCUCCAAUGGCAGCCGCGCCCACGUCGCACCAGCUCGCCGCCGGGGCGCCCUGGAGCUCCCUCCCCCGCGGCGGGUUCCGGGCGCUCACGGACUCCGCCCCCGCCUCCGUCCGCUUCUCCGUCGGCCGCCGCCGCGCCGCCCGCCUAGAGGUGAAGGCGGCUGGAAAUAUCUUCGGGGACUACUUCCAGGUUGCAACUUAUGGAGAGUCUCACGGAGGUGGCGUUGGCUGCGUUAUCAGUGGUUGUCCACCCAGAAUCCCACUCACCGAGGAAGACAUGCAAGGAGACCUUGAUCGAAGGCGGCCAGGUCAGAGCAGAAUAACAACCCCAAGGAAGGAGACCGAUACUUGUAAAAUUCUUUCAGGGACAUAUGAAGGAAUGACCACUGGGACGCCGAUUCAUGUUUUUGUCCCAAACACGGAUCAAAGAGGGGGUGAUUACACUGAAAUGGCUAAGGCAUACAGACCUUCCCAUGCGGAUUUAACUUAUGACCUCAAGUACGGUGUUAGAUCUGUUCAGGGAGGUGGAAGGUCAUCAGCAAGAGAAACCAUUGGAAGGGUAGCUGCAGGAGCUGUUGCAAAGAAAAUUCUUAAGCUCAAAUGUGGAGUAGAGAUUCUAGCAUUUGUUUCCAAAGUGCAUCAAGUGGUACUUCCUGAAGACGCAGUUGAUUACGAAACUCUUACCCUGGAUCAGAUAGAGAGCAACAUUUGUAGAUGUCCUGAUCCAGAAUAUGCACAGAAGAUGAUUGAUGCAAUUGAUAAAGUACGGAUUAAUGGGAAUUCGAUUGGUGGGGUGGUCACAUGCAUUGCCAGAAAUGUUCCUCGUGGGCUUGGCUCUCCUGUAUUUGACAAACUUGAAGCUCUACUGGCAAAGGCUAUGCUUUCUCUUCCUGCAAGCAAGGGGUUUGAGAUCGGUAGUGGAUUUGCAGGUACUGACCUAACUGGAAGUGAGCAUAACGAUGAGUUUUAUAUGGAUGAGGCUGGAAAUGUGAGAACACGAACCAAUCGCUCAGGCGGUGUACAGGGAGGGAUAUCAAAUGGUGAAACUAUAUACUUCAAAGUAGCUUUCAAGCCAACAGCAACUAUUGGGAAGAAGCAAAAUACUGUAACAAGGGAUCAUGAGGAUAUCGAACUAAAGACAAGGGGUCGCCAUGACCCAUGUGUUGUCCCUCGGGCUGUUCCAAUGGUGGAGACGAUGGCCGCAUUGGUCCUCAUGGACCAACUGAUGGCACAUGUUGCUCAAUGCGAGAUGUUCCCGCUGAACCUUGCCCUACAAGAACCAAUCGGCUCUGCGAACAGUACACCUGCGUUGGCACCAGAUCUAGCAUAAAUGCAUAAUACCCGCCUUGGAACGAGAAGGCCCUCUUAUAUAUUCUCCUCCCUCUCUUUCAUCUGCCACAUUUCAGGGUUUUGCUAAGCAGUUUGCAGUUUUGUACCAAACCUGUAUCCUAGAAUAUACAUUGGAUUAGUGUACACCAAAAGAUAUGUUGAUCUCCGAAAAUAAAAGUUUGUGGCAUGAGCAGUUUGGUCUGGACAAGACAACCAGUCAAUGUGAGCAAUAGAACAUUUGUCCACUUGUUGAAGAUA